GGCACAGCUGCGAGGGUCCUUCCCUUCGAUUUUUAUUGCGGUGAUCUCAUUCCUUUCUUUUUUCUCUUGUUUCGUUUCGCUUGGUUCUUCAUCCGUCGAAAUUUUGAUUAGGGUUCAGAAUUUUUGUUGGUCUUGGGGUUCUUUUAAUCGAUUCUUGGUUGUCGACUUUCUUGUGGGAAGAUCGAUCUUUCUGGUUUUCUCGAUCGUUUUUCGUCACCUAGCCAGUCUCGUUCUGGUUUCGAUUGGAAAAUAUGUCUUCUUCGCGUUCUAGUCGUGUGGAGUACGACCGCUUCAUCCCGUUCCGGUCGGCGAUGGACAUGGACUACGCACGCUUUGCCCUAACCGGGCCUUCGAGACCGCAGCGUGAUGGUUCGAGGGAAUCCCCAUCGAGCGUGGCGUACCAAAAGCUUCUUGAUGACUGCAUUUUGAAGAACAGGUCUCGUAUCCUCGCUUUCAAGACUGCACCUGAAGCGCCGGCCAGCAAGCUGCCCCAGUUUGACGAGCCCAUUCGGCCGCAGAAGAAGCAGCAGAGGCGAAUCCCGAAAGAACCAGAGAGGGUUUUGGUAAUCCACGGCUUGUUGGAUGAUAAUGUUUUGAAUCUCCUCGACUGGGGAAGCAAUAAUGUGUUGGCAAUUGGCCUUGAGGACGCAGUGUAUCUCUGGCACGCUGCAAACGAGUCGACUAAGCUUCUACAACCUGUAGAAGACAGAGGACCUAUCACUUGCAUCCGCUGGUCGCCAGACUGUGCAGUUCUUGCUGUCGCAUUUGGCAAUUCAGAUUUAGACCUGAUUGAUCCAGCAACAGGACAUGUCGUGGAUGGGAUGGAAGAUGAGAACCAGGCCCCUGUGUUGUCACUUGCGUGGAGAAGUAAUUCAAUCUUGACAGUCGGAAGAUUUGAUGGCACUGUUGUUGAUUAUGACUUUAGAAAGGAUGACAUGUUCAUCUGUUUCUAUAAUGGGCAUCGGCGUGGAGUUUGUAGUCUUAAAUGGUCCGUGUUGUCCGGGCGGUAUUUGGCGAGUGGAGGGCAGGACAAACUAGUGCACAUAUGGGAUGCCUGCAUGCCUGUCUCACGUCACCAUCCACGUCAACGUCAAUGGCUUCACAGGAUCAGCAGCCACACUUCCAUUGUGAAGGCCGUUGACUGGUGCCCAACUCGGAGCAACCUGCUGGCUUCUGGUGGAGGUUGCAAUGAUCAUUGCGUUAAGUUUUGGAACACCGUUAAUGGUGCUUGCUUGAACUCGAUUGAUGCUGGCUCUGAAGUUUGUGCAUUACUAUGGGACAAAAACAAAUCUGAAUUACUGACCUCCCAUGGUUCGCUGAACAAUCAACUCACCUUGUGGAAUUACCCAUCCAUGACGAGAGUGGCUGAGGUUUCCGGUCAUUCAUCCCGGGUUCUUUCCUUGGCUGGGAGUCCACUGGGAGGUGUAGUAGCUUCUGCAGCAGCAGAUGAGACAGUCAGGUUUUGGAAUAUCUUUGAGACUCCCAAAAUAACAAAACCUGAACUGCCCUUUGCCCAAUUUAAUGUCAUAAGAUGAAAAGGUGGAUAGGUGGAAAUGAUUAAGAUUCCAAAUGGAAGACUUCUCUAGUGCUUGACAUGAAGAUAUGUUGUUGGUAACAUUGCGAUGGGAAGUUUCGUGGUGUCAAAGAGGCAGUACAUUUUCAUACAAGCGCAUGGAUUCGAGAUCUUCAAAUAUGAGCGCAACCGCCUAAGGUAAGUUAGAAGCCUUACAGCCUUUUACAGCAUUUUAGUAGGCUUAUUUACAACAUGACUAUCAUUGCAGCUACGAGUCUGAUUUUUGUUUCCUAUUUAUUGUUUAUCAUUUCAUAGUUAUCGAUAUGAUUAUUGCCCAAUUGAUGAAACAUGUGGUCUAUAAUUUUUGCCCAAUUGUUAUGAUCUAAUUAUGUGGUUUAAAGUGAUUUCAAUUUGCUUCUCUUGUGUUUCUUUUUUGUAAGUUACUAUCUUUGUCUUAUUUUUAUUUGAGAAUUUUUGUGCAGACUUAUUGUUUUUUUUCUUUUUUGAGUUGAGAUUUCGUAUGAUAUUCAAUAUGACCUUGGUAUCACAUGAAGACAUCACAUUGCACACCUAAAAGAAUGUUUGACAAUCGAGAGAUCUAUGCAUUAUAAGAGGUAAUUGCCUAUGGCCUUAUGUUUCUAUUUUUCUUUCCGACUAUAAGUUUCCUAUGAUAUAAGUUAAACUUAAGAAUUUUAUAUUCUUUUAGGACUAUAAAGAAACUUUGAAGAUUGAACUGUGUAGCUCUAUUGCCAGAACAAAGCACUUGCAAUAUGGCCUUAAGUAUCACAUAAAGAUAUCACAUUGCCAAAACAAACUUUGAAGAUUGAACCGUAUAACAAACUUCAGAUUUCCUUUUCCAUUUUUUUUGAGUUGAGAUUUCUUAUAACAUUCAAUAUGGCCUAGUUAUCACAUGAAGACAUCACAUUGCAUAUCUAGAAGUGUGUUUGACAAUCGUGAGAUCUAUGCAUUAUAAGAGGUAAAUUGCCUUUGGCCCUAUGCUUCUUUUUUCUUUUCUAACUAUAGGUUUCCUAUGAUAUAAGUUGAACUUCAGAAUUUUAUAUUCUUUUAGGACCAUUAAGAAACUUUGAAGAUUGAACUGUGUAGCUCUAUUGCCAGAUCAAAGAACUUUCACAUGAAGAAUUUAAAAUCUUGCUAUGGUGUCUUUGCUAAAUCUUUAUUCACAGAUACAAAGAUAUUAAAGCAUCUUUGGAUUUGCUUAGAGGGUGAAAAUAUGGAAACUUAUGGUGUUGCACAACUAUAAUCAUAUUCAACAACUAAGAGAUCUAUGCAUAAUUUUGAUCUAAGAUGUAACUUCUUAUGUCUUUAUUUUUUGGGUGACUAAAGGUUCCCUAAAAUAUCCAUUAGCCUUCAGAUUUUUUAUGUUGUUUUAGGACCAUUCUAGAACCCAUGAAAACUUUUAUUUGGUGUAGAUCUUAUUUCACUACGGAGUACUUCAUGUCACUUGAAAUAGUGUUUUUUUUAAUGUUUAUUUGCAUAUACAAAGAUACUAAAGCAUCUCAGGAUUUUGUUUAGAGGGUGAAAAAAUUUAGAAAAUUGUGGAGUUGCAAAACUAGAAUUGUGUUUGACAAUCAAAAGACUGUUGAUCAACCACUCAGAUAUUGUUUAAAAAACUGUUCAUGAAAUGAAUAAUUUGAAAUUUAAAAUUUUUCGAAAAUAAAGAUAAGUUCAAGAGUGAAAUCCAAGCCUAAAAUUUUCUGUUUUUAGUAAGAUGUGUCAUAAUUUCUAUAGAAAACAGUUAUUCAACCUAAGAGAACUACAAACCACAGUAUAUACCAUAAUAGUAAAGAGAUACCAAACAAAUAAAUCUAUAAGCUUGAUAAAGGUGAGGCAUUGUAAUUCUAUUUAUUAUGUUUUUCCCUGUGAAAUGAACAAAAAUAUCAAAUUUAUAUGUCUUUCCAUGAAUAGAUUAUGUCUUCUGCAACAUAGAUACACUUCUGAUCCUAAGAUAGGGCUUGAAAAAUGAUGUCAAAUGGGAUAUAAUGCAGUUCUAAAGUUUGGAAGUUAGCUUACUAGACCAACAGUUCAUAAAUGCUUCAUUAUAGUGAUAGUGGAGUAGUUCGGGUCCUUCCGAUUAACAGGAUCUUCAUUAAAGGUUUCGAUUUGGAUUUAUCUUGCUGAAUCAGCUGUAGUUGUAGCAGAGUGGUAGCAAUGUUCAUGAGCUUGAUAGAUAAGCUUGCUAUGUUUCAUAUAAAUGUUCACCAAUUAAUGACAUGGCUACUAUUCCAGUAUUUUUCCAAUUAUGUUGUUAUGGUCAUUUAUCACAAGUUUCAGCAUCCAAGCACUAUAUCUGAAAUUUGCCUUUUGUAAGUAUAACACCGACCUUUGAGUUGGUAUUUCUUGUUUCCAACUUCCCUAUUUGUUUAUUGAGAUUAAGGUAGCAGCAGCGGUUGUGAUUAUUUAUUCCGAUUCCAGUAAUAUCACAUGUGGUACCAAGUUUAAAUUUGACAUGAUAAUUCCGAUUGAUUUAUUUAAGUCAUCAUUUUUUUUAAUAAUCUAUUGAUGAUCUUGUUGGUUGUAAUGGAGAGACAAAUUGAAUAUUGGGUAAGCAUUUGAAGUUUCCAUCACCAAAGUUACCAUCCCUUCCAACACCUCUACCUCUGUGACCCUUGCCAUUGUCAUAUAUAUAUUGUAAACUAUCAUUGGCCUUAUGGAUAAGGCUAAUGCGGCGGAGAUUGAUGAUCCUCAGAAAGCUCCAGAGCUUGAUCGAGACAAACAAGAAACUGCAGUGAAGCUCAUGGCCAAUGGUGCGUGCACCCUUUGCAACACGGGGAAGGGACAAAGAGACUUAGAGCAUUGAUGUUUCAUUUACUGGAAUUUGAGAAUCAGAUGAUGGCGAUUGCAAUAUGUGGAUAUGGAAUUAUGGAAUAGUGUCACUUGGUAGAAUAUCUUUUCUUUGAUUAUUAGCUCUUAUGUUGUCUAGAUUCAACAUCCAAUAGCAUUUUGUAGUGCUUAUGAUCAAGAUUUUAGUUAUGCUCACUGAUCCGAAGUUUUUGUUUAUGUUCACUUAUCCAAAUUGAGAGAUUUACAUGGGCUCUUGAAAUGUUGCUGAAGUCAAGUCUGUAAUUUUGUGCCCUUAAUGUUGGAACUAUAAAUUUUUA